AUGGUGGACCGAUCAGGGACGCCAGCUUCCGAUGAUCAGAUGACACCCAAAGCGCGAAGCACGGAACAGAAUCCAUUUGACUUAUUGCAUGAACGUAACUUUGCCGGCACUGGCAACCGAUCGAGUGUGAUGGGACUUGUUAGCGGAGGUGACAGAUCCAUGGACCGAUCCAAGGUGCCGAGUGUUCUCUUGACACCGGGCUAUGCCAAGGGUCAAAUGUCGACGUUAGGCCAAAGCAUGGAGCCCACUAUAUCCAAAGAGACGUCUGACUUUCUGAUCAAAUUACCACCGCCCAAACAACGCCCUGAACCGAAAGAGAUGACUCGGAAUACGGGAUCAGCACGCGGAUGCCUCAAGGUCGAGAUUAUCGAAGGUCGCGACCUUGACGUGGCAUCACAAACACUCUCACACCCAUAUGCGGUUUUGCAGUUCGAAAAGAACGAAUACAUCGGUAAGCACGUGUCGAAAGCAGCUGUUGGUUCGAACCCGGCGUGGAACGAGACGGCCGCCUUCGAUGUUACCAUGGAGAAUCGGAGUCUGCAUUUGAGUGUGUACGAUCGUAUUGGUGAUACGGAAGAGCUUAUCGGCGCCUGUGAAAUAUUCCCACGUCUUUUCCACCAGUCAACCACAAAACGAUGGUACACGUUAUACUUGCUCAAGGAGGACGCCGAAGAGCAGGUCAAGCGCGGUGAAGUACACAUCCAAACUACAUAUGAGCGCCUGCCACUUCGUAAGUUAUCUCCACGGGACUUUGAGCUGCUUAAGCUAAUCGGACGUGGUACAUUUGGGCGUGUGUUCCAGGUCCGCAAAAAGGAUACGAAGCGUAUUUAUGCUAUGAAAGUGCUCUCUAAGCGCGAAAUCGCACUCAAAAAAGAGGUUACUCAUACCAUGGGUGAACGCAAGAUUCUUGAGAAGAGCCAGGAUUGUCCAUUUCUUGUUGGGCUCAAGUUCAGUUUCCAGUCCGAGACAGAGCUUUUUUUCGUUACAGACUACAAAUCAGGCGGCGAGUUAUUUUGGCAUCUACAGCGGGAAGGGCGCUUCACCGAAGGACGUGCCAAGUUCUAUGUGGCUGAGCUAGUGUUGGCUCUCGAGCACUUGCACAAGUUUGGCAUUAUAUACCGUGAUCUCAAACCAGAGAACAUUCUGCUCGAUGCUACUGGGCAUGUAGCUCUGUGCGAUUUUGGCUUGAGCAAGGCUGACUUGGGUGCUGGUCAGCUCACCAAUACAUUCUGUGGAACGACUGAAUACCUAGCGCCUGAGAUAUUGUUGGAUGAAAUGGGGUAUAGCAAACUCGUCGAUUUUUGGUCGCUCGGUGUACUCUUGUUUGAGAUGUGCUGCGGAUGGUCACCCUUUUACGCAGAAGACACGCAGCAAAUGUACCGCAAUAUAUGCUUUGGUAAGAUCAAAUUCCCUCGCGGAGCCAUUUCUGAUGGAGGAAAACAAUUUGUUAAGGGUCUCUUAAACCGGAACCCCAAGCACCGGCUUGGAGCUCAAAACGAUGCACAGGACCUGAAGAGUCAUGUAUUUUUUAACGACAUGGACUGGGACGCGUUAUCACGCAAACGGAUACCCCCCGUAUUUAAGCCUCUCGUGGAUUCAAACGAGAGUGUGGCUAACUUUGACCCAGAAUUUACCAACACAAAUCUACAUGACGUCGCGCACUUUGCCAUGUCGGACGACGACUCGGUAGACACAGAGAUCAGUGAAGCGAUGAAACAGGCACUAGACUGCUCAACAGAUGCCAAAAAUGGUGUGGCGAUAAGGAGCAAGGAACAGCGUGGUAACCGAUCUGAACCCUUAUCUAGUAGCGUUCAGGAGAAGUUUCGCGGCUUUAGCUACAGUGGCACAUACGAAGGCACCUCUAGUGCCUUCGAGCAGGGCGUCAAUGCAAUCGACUGGGGUCGUGAGCAGCCACAAAAUGAUUUGUAA